GUAAAGCUCCUCAACAAGAAACCAGGCGGUUUUCGUUUUUUGGAUACCUAUUCUUCGUCAUUUUAUAGCUACUGUUUGUAACUGCUCGGCAGCAAUCCAAGAAACAUUUACAAAGGUCUAAAUGAGCCCCGGGUCUUUCGGUCUUACACAUUGAUCUCAGCAGUAGAAGAUGGCUAUCCACGCGGAAGGACUGGUGGCGAUCGUUAUCUUCUAUUUGCUUAUUCUGUUCGUUGGAAUAUGGGCUGCUUGGAAAAAUAAAAACGCGGGGGCUGAGGGCGCAGACCGAAGUGAGAGUAUAAUGGUCGGAGGAAGAGAUAUAGGUCUAUUUGUUGGCGGAUUUACCAUGACCGCAACCUGGGUCGGCGGUGGCUACAUCAAUGGAACCGCCGAAAAUGUCUAUUUGCCAGGGUAUGGGUUGGCUUGGGCGCAAGCUCCAUUUGGAUACGCGCUCAGUUUGGUAGUAGGUGGUCUUUUCUUCGCCAAGCCCAUGCGCUCCAGAGGUUACGUCACCAUGCUUGACCCCUUCCAGCAAAUUUACGGGAAAAGAAUGGGUGGUCUUCUCUUCAUCCCAGCGCUCAUGGGAGAGAUCUUUUGGUCAGCGGCCAUUUUAUCUGCUCUUGGGGCUACCCUUAGUGUGAUUGUGGACAUAAACAUCAACAUUUCAGUGGUGGUCUCUGCCCUCAUUGCCAUCUUCUACACCCUUGUGGGUGGGCUGUACUCCGUGGCAUACACAGAUGUUGUCCAGCUUUUUUGUAUCUUCCUUGGGCUGUGGGUGAGCGUGCCCUUUGCACUAUCCAAUCCGGCUGUGUCGGACAUAGGAGUCACAGCUAAGAAGUACAUCUACCAGGAGGCCUGGCUGGGAGAAAUCAAAUCAGGAGACGUAGUUCAGUGGAUGGACAACUUCUGUCUUCUGAUGUUGGGGGGGAUUCCCUGGCAGGUCUAUUUUCAACGGGUUCUUUCUGCCUCUUCAGCUACCUACGCCCAAGUCCUCUCGUUCCUGGCCGCUUUCGGCUGCCUGGUCAUGGCCGUGCCCUCGGUCCUGAUAGGAGCUGUAGGGGCAUCCACAGACUGGAACCAGACCACCUAUGGGUCAGUGCCGCCGAUGAUGAAAGACGAGUCAGACAUGAUUCUACCCAUAGUGCUCCAGCAUCUGUGCCCCCCCUAUAUUUCCUUUUUCGGUCUGGGGGCCGUGUCCGCAGCAGUGAUGUCAUCGGCUGACUCGUCCAUCCUCUCCGCCAGCUCCAUGUUUGCCCGCAACAUCUACCAGCUAGCUUUCCGCCAAUCGGCGUCGGACCGGGAGAUCAUCUGGGUGAUGCGGAUCACCAUCUUCGUGUUCGGGGCGGCGGCCACCGCCAUGGCGCUGCUGACGGGCACGGUGUACGGCCUGUGGUACCUGAGCUCGGACCUGGUGUACGUGAUCAUCUUCCCCCAGCUGCUCAGCGUGCUGUUCGUCAAGGGCACCAAUACCUACGGCUCGGUGGCCGGGUACUUCUUCGGCAUGCUGCUGCGCAUCGGGGGCGGGGAGCCCUACCUCUACCUCCCGCCCUUCAUCUACUACCCCGGCUGGAGGCGCGAGAGCAGGGUGCACCACCUCACCAAGAAAGUGGAGUACUUCAUCAACCAGAGGUUCCCUUUCAAGACCGUGUCCAUGCUGGCCUCGUUCCUGGGGAACGUGAUGGUCUCGCACCUGGCCAAGUACCUGUUCGAGAGCGGGAAACUGUCGCCGAAGUACGACUUCCUGGACGCGGUCCUCUCGAAGCACAGCAAGGAGAUCAUGGACAAGGCCACGCUGGUGGGCAACGACAACAUCACCCUGUCGGAGCUGGCUCCGGUCAAACCGCGACUCAGCACCACGCUGGCCGCCACCUUCACGAACAAAGAGGCCCUGAGCGACGAGGAAUCCAGUCCCGACUCCAGUAACGAGAACGAGUAGAGUUCCAA